GCGGACUGCAGCUCCGCCGGAGCACAAAACACUUCUUCUUUUUUAAAGCAUCAGAAAAAUCAAAUUCCCGUCCUCUUCUUUUUGUAUCUGCUGAGAACCCAAAAUGCCAAAGUGAGCCAUGCAGGCGCAUCUCGCCGGGCCGAUCGGCGGCGGUCCUUGUGGAUUUGUCUUUCUGGAAAGAUGAUCGGAGGAACUUCUUAAAACGCCUGCGGUUGGCUGGGAAAGGAUUUCUGCGGGGGUUGGAGGAAGAGGAAAGGAAAGAGGAAAGGGGAGAAAAAAAAGAAAGACGAGAACUUCCUGGUCUCUUUAUUUCCUCCUCUUCUGAGACAUGUCGGAGGGUCCUGGCCAGUGUGGUAUCAAGCAGGAAAGGAUUUCAUACACCCCUCCAGUGAGUCCUGUACCAACUUAUACUUCCUCGUCAUCACCAUUACAUGUCCCAGUGCCUCGAGCGAUCAGGAUGGAGGAAGAUGCCAUCAGGCUCCCAGCCCACCUGCGCUUGCAGCCCAUUUACUGGAGCAGAGAUGAUGUAGCCCAUUGGCUGAAGUGGGCUGAAAAGGAGUUCUCAUUAAGACCCAUUGACAGCAACACUUUUGAGAUGAAUGGCAAAGCGCUCUUGCUUUUAACCAAAGAGGAUUUUCGAUACAGGUCUCCACAUUCGGGUGAUGUGCUAUACGAGCUUCUUCAGCAUAUCUUGAAGCAAAGGAAUUCUCAUGUGCUGUUUUCACCUUUCUUCCAUCCUGGGAACUCUAUCCAUGCUCAGCCAGAUAUCAUGUUACAUCAAAACCAUGAUGAAGACAACUUUGUCCAGAGACAUUCAAGACAAUCAGCUGACACAAUGCAUCACAACCCACCUACCAUUGAAUUAUUGCAUCGCUCUAGAUCCCCCAUUAGUGCCAACCACAGGCCUUCACCAGAACCCGAGCAGCGGUCAUUGAAAUCCCCCUUGGAGAACACUAUCCGUCGCCUCUCACCAGCUGAUCGGCUCUUGGGAAUGAGGCACCACCAGGAGAACAAUAGCCAAGAGUCUUACCCUCUCUCAGUGUCCCCUAUUGAGAAUAACCACUGCCCAACCCCUUCCGAAGUGCUUCAGAAGCCUUCCAGCCCCCGCCAGGAAAACACAAGGGUGAUUCAGCUGAUGCCCAGCCCCAUCAUGCACCCCUUGAUACUGAACCCCAGGCACUCUGUGGAUUUCAAAGCCUCCAGGUUGUCUGAAGAUGGGAUGCACAGAGAGGUGAAACCCAUCAACCUGUCCCAUCGGGAAGAAUUAGCAUACAUGAAUCACAUCAUGGUCUCCGUCUCUCCACCUGAAGAGCAUGCAAUGCCAAUUGGAAGGAUAGCAGACUGCAGGCUCCUUUGGGAUUAUGUCUAUCAGCUGCUGUCAGACAGCCGGUACGAAAACUUCAUCCGAUGGGAGGACAGAGAAUCCAAAAUAUUCCGGAUAGUGGAUCCUAACGGACUGGCCAGGCUGUGGGGAAACCAUAAGAACAGAACAAAUAUGACAUAUGAGAAAAUGUCUAGAGCCCUGCGCCACUAUUAUAAACUAAAUAUUAUCAGAAAGGAGCCAGGACAACGACUUUUGUUCAGGUUCAUGAAGACUCCAGAUGAGAUUAUGAGUGGUCGCACCGACCGCCUGGAGCAUCUUGAAUCUCAGGAACUGGAUGAGCAAAUAUACCAGGAAGAUGAGUGCUGAAGAAACCAAGUCCCCUGCUUCACUUUGGUCUGUGGAAGAGCAGUCUACGUGGAGGCACAGUCAGAUGGGAAAUGAGACCCCAGGACUUAGCAUUUACUUUGGAGACAGUGCAAGAGCCCAGAGUACCUUAGAAAAAACAAAUCUAUUGGCAAGGUGUUGGCAGCAAGACUUGAAAGAGAGAGGGGAAAUAUAGCACUACUGCACUGCUCCUUUUAGAGUCUCCCUCACCCGGGGAUAUUUUUGUUUAGUUUUGUUUUUGGGUUGGUUGGUUUGUUGAGGAUUUUCUUUUCUAAUUAAUAUGCCACUUGGCCUUUUUAAAGCAACGUUUGUUGAGCAAAACAUCAAGUUUUUGCUUAUUCUGGCUUUCCUAUGGAAAUGUAGUACAACUGUUUUCUGUGCAAAGUCUCAUAAGAUGAUUCUAAGAUAGGAACAAAUGGUGACAAAUGCCAUAAAAGAAGUGAGAAAAUGGCUGGAGUUAUUUUUAUUCACGCUUGUCACAAAGGUUAAAGAUUCUGGAUGGUGAUCCAUGGUGAAAGGUAUAAGAAAUUGAGAGCCGUGAGUGGCCUAUCUUGAGUGAGCAUUGUGACUUGAAAGUGUCUGCAAAGCCCCUCAGUCCCACAAGGAGAGAUAAAUGGAAGAGCUCUGCCAAAGUCAGUGGGCAUCUCCACAAUUUUCCAACUCAAGGAAGCUUUAAAUGAAAACCAUACUAAUAGGAGAGGAUUUUUGCUUGACUGAGUUUGUUGAGCCAUCACCGGGGUAUUUUCAGUUUGAAGAGGGUUUUUGUUUUUUGUGCCAGCCAACAGUCUCUAGGACAGAAGAAAGGUUUGUCAUAAAAAGAGAAGGAAGGGGUUUAAGGCCCUUAAAAUUGCAAAAUUGCAUUUCUAGAAGCUCUGACAGGUUGUCAUCACAACUAUAUGUGCUGGCGGGGAAACACAGAUUGCAUUUCUGGGCUGAUCUUUGCAUUGGUUAUGUUUCGCUCUGUUGUAAGUCAAGUUUUCUGGCUAUCUUACCCAUAAAUAUGGAAUUUCAUUUUAAAGGAUGAGCAUUCAUGCCCUGUUAAUUUUAAAUGUUUUAGAUUCUUGCAGCUCCAGAUUGGUCUGUAGCUUUUUUGCUGAGAGGAGUUUUGUAUGCGCCUCUGUUGGUAGGAGGUCUUAGCCCUUUAAACAUCAAGAAGGUUGUUAAAUUAUUCUGAAGUUAGCAGUAUGCUACCCUGUGGUUCUCUACCACAAAAUAUCUUACUCUUCAUAAAGUUCAUAUGUUCAUCUGUACACAUAAUGACAUAAUUCUGUCUGUGCUGCAGCAUCCACACUCAAUGAAAGCUGUUCACAGGGCUGUAUGUAUCUUAAAUACUAAUGAAAUCAGUAUUCUGUGCCAUAAUUCUGCAUCAGGAAUGCAGAAUUUGAAAUUGUAUCACUUGGACCUGAUAUUCAAAUUAAGCAUAUUUGCUGUGAUUUAAUUUGCAUAAAGAGUUCUGAGUCUAUAAGUGGGGUAAGGUGGAAAGGACUGGCUAUGCUGAUGUCUCUCCACCUCUCCAUCACUGGUAAUUCUGCUCCGCCAACCUUCUGGCUUCUAAAAUUUAUUCUGAAUCUUUAAAAACUUGCUCUUUAAAAAGAAAAAUUAAAGUGAAAUACUCAAUAUGUUUCUGCAUUUGCAUGGUAAGGUUAUAUAAAACACACAGCCCUGGUCAUUGGCUGGUUUCUUACCAGUUUCCAGUAAAAGUCAUUCACUAUAAAAAUUUCACAGCAGUAUUCACUAAAAACUGGUCUGGGACUCUUCCCCCCACCCCGAGAAAAUGUUAAAUGGUGAAAUGAAACAUACUACUGAUAAGGGACAAAACUGUUAAAUCUAAGAUGCAACAUGUGAAAAUAAAAGAACCUUGCACAUA